AUGUACAUCUUUCUCCUUAACUUCUUGAUUGUUCAGCCUUUAUUCAUUACAUCCUUGUCUCUCUAUGAAGACAAUGACUUGGAACCGUAUUUCACAGAUAACCUUGUGGGGAAUGUCCAAGAUGAACUAGCUCGUAUGCAAGAACGUGUUGAUAUGAAGCCUCUUCUUCACAAAAUAGGAAUUCUAGCAUUCUACUCUCGGAUUCAUAAAUCCCUGGUUCCUACCACUAGGGGGAAUGGAUAUCUUCACCAAUGGCCAGAGCCGAAAAACGACUUAGAUAGAGAACUUGUCGAAAGUUGCUUGGACAGUUUACAGGUAGCUGAACGCUUACAAGAUUAUAAUAAGUUCUUCAAGAAAUGCGUUGAUUACGUUUUGAACUAUCUGAAACUAUCUCAACCAUGGUUAUUACCAGAGAACAACUCUUUCCCUCAAACAACUCUCAGCGAAGAGAACAUGAAGCAAUUCAUCAAUGAUAAUUUACUUCAGCUUGAGCUGAGCACAAGCCAGGUCUUCUGUUUCUUAGCAAUGAACGAAGUGAUUAUAUUCGAAGACUUACCUUUCUGCCGCUAUGAUGUGACAUGGGGAAAGCAAGGAAAUUUAUUGUGGAGAGGAGCUGAAAUCAAACAAAAACCGGGAUUCAUAGAUGAAUUAAACGGAAUGCCAUUCGAAUGCGCUGUUCGCAGCUUUUGUCCAGAUCCUUGCUGCUCUAGUGUGGAUAAGAACUCGGUGCAAUUCACUGAACGAGAGUGCCACAGAAAUGUUUGUAAAAAGCCAGAGCUAUGUUCAAUGAAACGUAGUUUGAAUAAUGAAUUCAACGGUAUUCGAAACAAUCAAUGGAACAUAUCUUGUCCAUGUCCAGCUGGUCAAGAGUUUCGAUCUGACGUAGAACAUUGCGUGCAUAAUAAUGCUUGUGGAAGACAAAAUAUGUGUUCGGAUAGCCAAGAGUGUAGGAAUAUGAUUGGUGGAAUGGGAUUCAAAUGUCUUUGUCGUUUGGGCUCUGUGAAAACAGCUACAAAUACAUGUGUGGAGUAUGGACCGUCUUCCGAAAGCUGGCAUGGAUUGGCUUUUAGUGAACCGCAUCCAUCCAAAAGUGUUUACGCAUUGCAGUUAAAUAUAUUUAUAACUCUAUAUUGUUUUGCUUCAGCCUUAUAA